CACCCGAGGACAGCCCCAACACCGACGGUAUCCACGUCACCAGCACAAAAUAUAUUCGAAUAUCGGGAUGCACCAUUGGAACUGGUGAUGAUUGUAUAUCGAUUGUUAGUGGCUCAAAAAACGUUAAGGCAAGAGAUAUUACUUGUGGCCCAGGGCACGGGAUCAGGCUUCUCAAUUCUUCAAUCCUUAUCUUCAAUUUCAACUCCUAGAUUUCCGUCGAAGAAGAAGCUGAAUCGUCAAUUACCUCAAGGCACUGAUUCCUCCUCCAAUGGCGUCUUCUACCUCUAGAUUUAUCGCUGACGUUCUGCUCAUCGUCAUCCUGAACCAAUCCGACUCCGUCUCCGCCGUCCAGACGCGAGAGAUGGACUCGAUAUUAACAGCUCUGAGAAGCAACGGCUACGGUCUAUUCAGCAACGCCAUUAUCACCUCCGACCUCUGGUACGAUCUCGUCGACGGCAGAGAAGCUGCUCUCGCGGUCUUCGCCCCGACCGAUUCAUCUCUCUUUGCGCUGGACAUGGUGAAUUCGGCGUUCAAUUACACCGCCACUCUGCGCUGCCACGUCGUCCCCCACCGUCUCUCUGUCCGCGGCCUCAAUAGGAUCCGUCCUGAUUCAUCUCUCCGCACUCUAGCCGCCGAUCAUGAUCUCCGCGUAGAGAGCCGUCGCUCUACACCUGAUGUACUGGUGCGGCAGCCGGAAACUCCUAGGAGUGAACCGCCAGGCGGUUACUCAAACGGAAUAUCCUUGGGAAUCCAAUCUCACCAUCGCCAAAUCCAAUUCCCCUGUCUCACAUCGCUUAAAAAAAGGCAGUGGCAAUCCACGAAUUUUUCCAUUGAUAAUUCAUCAAUGGAUGUCAAUCCGAGUGGAGAAAGCUUCAAUUUGACGCCAUCUCCGUCUAUUGAUCUCUCCAAAUCAGGUUUCAUCACAGAUUGAAUAGAAUUCACAUAUUCAUCAUUUUGACUUUGCCAUCUCUGUUUCAUCUUCAUCAUAACUGAUCCUCAUUCAUCUUCUGUUCAUUAUAUUGGUUCUCAAAUUGAGUAUCCAACUUCAUUUUCAUUCUCAUGAUUGGAAUGUUUAGUUUCAGUCAUUCUUUCACUUCUGUAAAUUCAAAAGUUUCAUCAUUAUUCAAUUUCACUCAAUCGGUUUGAUUGAGUUUCACUCGUAUCGUUUUGAUCGAGUUUCACUUUCAUCAUCAUCCGGUUUCCGGUUGAUUUCAUCAAUUGCUUUUGUCAAUUGGUUUCAUUUCAUCAUUUGAUGUUUUCAUUUGAAUUCAUCAAUUGAUUUGUCAUCUCAUCUUCAUCAUCGGUUGUGUAUGGUUCACUUCUCUGAUUAUUCUGGAGAACCAUGGCAGCCAUCACUAUCACCUCUUGUCUUCAAAUUUUAUCUUUGGACAUGGGAAUGAUGCUAUCUACAUUCAAAAGCAUUGCUUUUCCCAUUCAACAGAGAGUUGUGUCUCUCAAUUUCAGAACCAUGGCUUUUAGAUUUCUUGGGUUGCCAAGUCAGACGUGUUAUUUGUGGCGGAAGAAAGACAAAGAAGUUAAAAGAGAAUGGAUCUGCAGAUCCCUCUGGUGGACAUACAAUUAGCAGGUUGUUCCCUCACACUUUUUGGUCAGCCAUUGGCUCAUUUUCUGAGAGCAAAAUGCAAAUGUCCCAAUUGCUCAAAUAAUCACAGAACACCCAGCAAUUAGGGUUGGACUUGUUUUCUGUGGUAGACAAUCUCCAGGAGUACAUAAUGUCAUAUGGGGGUUGUAUGAUGCCCUCAAAGUUCACAAUUCUAAAAGCACUUUGCUUGGAUUUUUGGGUGGUUCUGAAGGUCUAUUUGCACAGAAGACACUUGAAAUCACUGAUGACAUUCUGGCUACAUAUAAAAAUCAAUGUGGUUAUGACAUGCUGGGCAGAACUCAAGAUCAAAUUGGAACAACUGAGCAAGUAAAUGCUGCUUUGUCUGCUUGUACACCCUUAAAAUUGGAUGGUCUUGUCAUCACUGGAAGUGUCAAACACAAGAUGCUAUAAACUUCUUAAAAAGCUUGCUGUUUAUGCAUGGUCAACAAGGAUCUUAUUCAGUUGCAAGUUGAAGUUGUUCCCAC